AAGUUUGGCAUAGUUUUCUGGCAGCUACCGCAUUGACAUCAUUCCAGAAAAGUACCUUAAUAAUACAGAAUUGCAAUAUGUGUAACUUACCGCUGCUACUUGCCUUCGUCCUUUCAAUCGCCGCGAUCCAGGCGCGCCCUAGCCUCAAGUAUUUACCAGCAGUAGCUGAGCAUGUCGAGUAUACGCCCACUGUGGUCGGGCAUACGGUGCACUCACUGCCCGCCGCAGUUUCACAUCAGAGUCAAACCAUUAUACAUGAGAAGCGUCCCUACCUUCGUCCCAUAGUGGAGCAUACGCCGAUAUUUAAGACCUACACGCCCGUUGUAAAGGCGUAUUCACCUGUAAUUAAAACUUAUGCACCCAGCACAAGCGUCGCCUGGCCGCCUGUCUCAUAUGGACCCGUGUAUACAUCAUCUUACGCCGGUUUGUACGAUGGCUGGAGCUCGCCUAGCUUGAAGAGUGGUUAUGGCGGCUGGAGCUCCGGUUGGAAACCGAGUACCGUUUAUGAGGAUUGGGAUGCCUGGGCACUGAAGAAAUAAAUUAUCGAGAAUAAUGGAAACAAAGUAUUAAUUUGGUUUGAAUUAAGAAAGUGUUAAAGCUAUAUUGAAAAUGUGAUUGAAUAUGUAAAUGUAAAUGUUGAGACACCGAUUGAAAGUGAAUAAAGCAUGCACAGCUUCAAAUUGUGUUUUUUCUCAAAUAA